CGCUAUACCAGUUCACCUCGGAAGUUUUGCAGACUGGAUAUGGCAUCAAACGUAGAUUCCGCCGGGGCAUCCCAGCCGCCUUACUAUGUUGCUAGGUCCGAUAUCUGCGUCAGUGGCAAUGAACGGCGCGUUGGCAAUGGCAUGUUUGCCUCGCGCGAUUUUGAAGCGGGAACACUCAUCUUCGCACUAAAGCGACCUCUGGUGGGCGUCUUGGAUACGAAGGCGCUGCAAAACACAUGUGGAAACUGUUAUGCAUCCGCUCAGGGAACAUCUGAUGGCUCGACAAUGUUUUUGGACAGGAGCAUCCAAGUAAGCGCCUGCGUGGGUUGUAAAUACUAUCGAUAUUGCAGCAAGGUCUGCCAAAAGAAAGCCUGGCAGAGAGUCCACAAGCACGAGUGUAAGAUACUCAAGGAGCUGAAUGGCAGAGUGCUCCCGCCCGCUGUCCAAGCCACGAUGGAAAUCCUGAUCAGAAGAAAACACGGCUUGAUUACGGAGCAGCAAUGGCAGAUGCUUUGCGCUCUUCAAGCUCAUUCUCUCGAGCUCAAGCAAAACGGCAAAUACAACGAUAUCGGGCUCAUGGCAAUGGGUGCCUUGAACUUUUCGAGGACGCAGGACACUUAUACUAUCGACUUUGUUGAACAGAUGUAUUCCAGGGUUCUAACCAAUUCUCUGACCUUGGUUACGCCGACAUAUGACCCAAUAGGCCUAGUCAUGGACGAAAGGAUUGCAAACAUCAACCAUUCCUGUGACCCGAAUGCGUACAUCGUCAUGGAUGGGCCGGAAAUUGCCGUGCGGGCGCUCAAACCGGUGCAAAAGGACGAGGAGAUCUACAUCUCGUACAUUGAUGCGACCCUUCCCUAUGCGCGGCGGCAAGCAGAGCUGAAGAGUCAUUGGUUCUUCACUUGCAGAUGCAUCAAGUGCCAAAAGGGGACUACUACGUCGGAAGAGGCAUGGGCUACUGAUCCUCACGACCUUAGUCACGAGUGGAAGCGGAAAGGGACGGCUUUGUUAACGAAAGACCUUGCAACUGAUGCUAGAAAUUACGUAGGGGAGUCACAGGACGAGAGGAUUGUUGCAGCACUCCAAGGCUGGGUAUUCGACACGUAUCAGACGCAGCAGAGAAUGUCUGGCGCCGAGGCGAUCAAGUGCAUUCAAGAUUGCAUGCAAGAUUGCCACAACUCCAGGUUGUGGCCGGUAUACCGACAGCCUUUCGCGGCAUUGCGAGACGACCUGAUCGUAAACAUGCUAUCAGAGCAGAAAUAUGCGAGCGCCUGGCCACACUGUGCCAAGCGCUACAGAGACAUACUACCCGAGCUGUACCCUCAAGUGGCACAUCCUAUCCGUGUCAUUCAGGUAUGGCAAACAGCACUAUUGGCCAUGUACCUGGCAGGAGAGAAGGAAUUCGUAAUGGAAGGCGCAGACAUGUGCAUCAUCGGCUUAAUGCUGGUAAAGGAGGUGCAAGGCCUUUGCGUGUUGAGUCAUGGAGAGACCAGCGCAUUCACUACGAGUGUGAGGCGAAAGUAUGAAGAAGUUCUUGGAGGUCUCGGUCCUGGCGUAAGUAUCACAGACAGUCAGAUGAAGGAGCAGCGGGAGAUGCUAUUCAAAAUGGCAGAUUCUGUGGCGUAUUGAACCGGGAGGUCCAAAGGCCAGAAUCGGAAUCGGAGAGAGGGUAGAAUGUGAGAGAAGAGGAUUAAGAGUCGAAAGAAAGCAUAUCUGGAGAGAAGCGCCCAAUUCUGGGAUGCAGGUCCGUCGUGAGCCCGGAACACACGGUGCAAGUUCGUGCAAAAGAGUAUUGCGGGAUUCACUCACCACGUCAUGUACACUCACUACCGUGUACGCACCUCGCUUU